AUGUAUUACUACUUAGCAGUAAUUAUCGCAUUUGCUAGCUACUUUUUGUAUAAAUGUUAUAUUUAUCCUUUAUAUUUGUCGCCAUUACGUAAAAUUCCUGGUCCACCUUCUGAAAAUAUAAUUCUUGGACAUUAUGCCACUUUCUUGAAGGGAGAUCAUGGUAUAGCUUUUUCUCACUUAACAAAACAAUAUGGUGGUAUAGUUAGAUAUCAUUCCUUGUUGAAUGAAACUCAUAUCUUAAUUACCGAUCCAAAGCUUGUACAAAUGAUAAUGAUUAGUCGUGCUUAUGAAUUUCCGAGGCACAGGUUUUUCAUAGCUGGGUUCAGGGAUAUAGUUGGUGAAAGUGUUAUAGUUGCUGAAGGAGAUUCUCAUAAACGACAAAGAAAAAUGAUGUCUCCUUCAUUUGCUUUGGCUAAUAUCAAGGAAAUGGCUCCAACAUUCGUUCAAGCUGGUCAUAAUUUAAAGGAUAUUUGGAUGAAAGAAAUUGGUGAUAAGGAAGAGGAAAGAAUUACAAUUACAUCAAUAAUUUCAAAGAUAACUUUGGAUGUUAUUGGUGAUGUUGGGUUUGAUUACAAAUUUAAUUCUACAACUACGGAGUCUGAAUUAGCUAAAGCAUACAAAUUCUUGACCAGUCGUAAUAUUUCGCAGUUAUACCUUGCUCUUUCCAGCCUCCUUCCGUUCAUUAGAAAACUUCCAAUAUAUGAUCACGAAGAAUAUCAUGAUUCUCUUAAAAUUGUUUCUAGUGUUUCCGAGAAACUAGUUGUUGAACACAAAAAUACUUCCUUUCAAGGAACAGAUAUAUUGUCACUAUUGACAAAAGCAAAUAAUAACUUACCCAUUGAUGAACAAUUAACUCAUCAAGAAUUAAUUGGUCAGGUUAUGACAUUACUCAUAGCUGGACAUGAGACCACUAGUACUGCAUUAUCCUGGGCACUAUACUUUCUCGCAAAAAAUCCUGAUAUGCAAGAUCGUCUUCGCAAGGAAAUACUUGAUAUAUUUCCUGAUCGUGAUUGUCAUCCAACUUUUGAUCAAAUUGAACAUUUAAAAUAUUUAGAAUGUGUCUUUAAGGAAGUUUUAAGAAUGAAUCCGCCUGUGCCUGGACUCGUUCGUAUUAAUGCUAAAGAUGAAGUGCUUAAUGGCUACUUUAUUCCAAAGAAAACUCCAUUGGUAGUUCCCAUUACCGUAAUUCAUCGUGAUCCAUCAAUUUGGGGUCAUGAUGCUGAACAUUUUAACCCAUCUCGGUGGCUUGAUUCCGAAAUAAAAUCAAAAAUAACAAAUUGUAAUUUCAUGCCAUUUAGUGCCGGCCCAAGAAGUUGUUUGGGAAUGAAAAUGGCAUAUUUAGAAUUUAAAUCUAUAUUAGCUGUAAUUAUUAGAAAUUUUGAAUUUAAAUUAGUUGAAGGUUUUACUUUUAAACAGAUAUUUAAUGGUGUAAUUAAACCAUAUCCUGGAAUUGAUUUGAUGGUUUCAAAAUUAUUUUUCAAAAUAACAUAUAUUGUGAAUUCACUUCAUGAAGAAACCUCUACAAGCGAUGAAUUUGCACCCUUGUCUCUAGAUAAUACAAAUGAAUCACAAAAAAAAAUCUCUUCCACACAUAACCGAGCACCUGUUCGAGAUUACCUUUUACCAACCUCUGAUGGAGGUAAAAGAUGUAAAUUAUGUGAACAAACUUUUGGCAACCUGACCGUGAUAUCAACUAUUAACCGACAUUUUCAAAAUUUUCACCCUUCAGAAUUUAUCAAAAUCAAACAACGUAGAUUUCGACGAUUCGAUCCUUAUGGUCCAAAUGAAAAAUUUAAAGUUGACAUUUUAAAUAAUAAACUUUUAAGAUGGGUAGUUGUUGAUUAG